AUGGCCCAAUCCAUGACUCCAAUGGAAGAUGCUCUGCGCACAAAGAUCACCGAGGCCCUGAAGCCUGCGAGUCUCGAAAUCUUCAAUGACUCCCACAAGCACGCGCACCACAAGGCCAUGCAGGGAGUGACCAGCAGGGAGACUCACUUCCGCGUCUACAUCACCUCCUCCGCCUUCCAGGGAAAGAUGCAACUUGCACGGCACCGCAUGGUCAACUCGCUGAUGAAAGACGAGCUGGCAAAAGAAGGCGGUAUCCACGCCCUCCAGCUCACUACCCGCACGCCAGAAGAGGACGAGGCCAGACAGCAAAGCGAAGCCGCAAAAUCAUAA